AUGAAAUAGGACUAAUGGUUAUGUUAAUAAACCAUAACUGAUUACAUAAUAUAUUCAUUAAGUUUAAAUGAACAAUAAAAUAAAUUGAUAUCUUGUUCAGAUGAUAAAUAAAUCUUAGUAAUAGAAUAAUAAAAGUUGGAUAAAAAAUGGACUGCUAAAUAAAUUAUAUAAGUAGAUUAUUAUGGGUUUAGAUUAUGUUUUAUAAAUAAUGUUAAUUUACAUUCUAACCUAUAAGCAAAGAAUAAAUAUAUAUACAUGAAUUGGAUGAGAGUAAUAAUAUUGCUGUACAGUGCGGUUUAAGUAGUGAUGGUUGUUUAUUCCCAUAAUAAUAUUUAAAGUCAAAAUGCCUCCUGGUAAAUAAGAAUGGUAAGAAUUAACUUAAUGAGAUAGGAAGAAAAUAGUGA